AUGUUGUGUCUGCUAGCUUUGGAAUUCGUAGUUAGCCUCGUUGUCGAUGCUUAUCAGAAUGCUUUUGAAAAGGAGUGUACGACUGUGGCGCAAAAGGACACAUGCGCGACCAAGAAGUGUAUAACGGUCAGCGGCACCGAACUGUGCCGCGAGUGCGUUGGCGGAAAAGUCCCUAUCGACGGGAUUUGUAAGGACACUACUGAUUCCAGUGUUAGUUUAUAUGGAUGCGAGCAUUCUAGUGGCACUGGAUUUUGCACCUCGUGCAAGGAUACCGCCUUCCUCUUCUACGGCAGCUGUUACGCUAUAGACAAGGUUCCGGGAAACCUUGUUUGUAGCAAAGCAGAGAGUGGCAAGUGUACGGAGUGCAGACAAGGAUCAAAGUUUCUGUUUACAAACCCCGACGACAGUGCGGCGGAACGGUGCAUAUUGUGUUACGACAACGUCGGCUUCGGCUCAUAUAAAGGCGUCGAUGGCUGCAGGUACUGCCUGCCUCCGCUCACCGGAGAGACAUCUGCAGAGUGCAACUGGUGCCAGAAUGAGAAGUAUGGCCCGAUAGACGGAGUAUGCAAAGAUCCGGGCAGGCACUUGUGCGCCGACGGGGCCUGCUCAAACUGUUACAUGACUCACAUUCAGCACAACGGAGGGUGCUACACAAAGACAGAAACCGUUGCACAGAAGAUAUGCACCACCGAAAACCAGUUCCAAGUAAUUAACAUCACUGCCUGCAAGAAGUGCGCCAUUAAAGGGGAGGUCCCAAUGGACGGGCGGUGCAUAAAGGGCUUGCUCGAGCCAAAGUGCAACCCGUAUCCUAACACGGAUGGCAGCUGUACCGAUUGUAAGAAGGGCGGAGUCAGCUACGACACGUUCCUGUUCAACGAGGGCUGCUACAACAUGAGCGAUUACAUCGGGUCCCAGAUCUGCAGCAAGGUUAACGAAAACGCAGAAUGUGAACUUUGGAAUAUCGGAAGUUAUGCAGUUUUCCGGCCUCCAAACGACAAAACUGCCCAUACGUGCAGCGAUACUUCUGCCAGGGGCAUCCCUGGAUGCUCCCGCUGCAGCUACAAUGUUGAGAAGAAAGGGCCUAUUUGCUAUAACUGUGAGUACAACACGUUGGCUUUUGAUAGAAUGUCAUGUAUCACUGAAACCAGCUGCACAGGGGAUAAUGUACAACGAAAGUGCCCUGGAAACUCCGAAAGAGGGUGCAGAUGCGAGUGUGCAGAGAAAUCCUAUAAGAACGGAGAUAAGUGCGUUGCGUGCGAUUCAUCAUGUCUGAAAUGCGCUGGACGAGAGAGUAGAUCUUGCACACUGUGUCCUCCUGGCAAAGCUCUUAAAUACAUAGGAAGUUCUAUGGUAGGAACGUGUGAAGAGGGCUGCAAACAGGAUGAUACAUGCGAGACCUGUGGCCUAACGGUUAAUCAAACAGCAUAUUGCUCUAAGUGCAAGGACCCCACUAAAUAUCCCCUAGAUGGUGUGUGCACAUCAGCAAGUGAAGCCAGGACAUCCGCCUGUUUGCAGCAGUCCAAUGGAGCGUGUCAGAAAUGCUCAUCUGACUAUUUCUUAAUGGGCGGUGGCUGCUACCAAAUCAACAAAUAUCCCGGUCGAUUUGUAUGUGGAUGGGCCGACGAUGGGAAGUGUAUAGAGACUAUGAAUGGAUACAGCAUUAACGACCAGGGCCAACUUGUAGAUUGCGACUCUACCUGCAUGACGUGCGUGGAAGGCAAGAAGGAGCAAUGCUUGUCGUGUCACUCAAGCAAAUACCUCAAGAAGGAAGGGACAACUUCUUACGGCACCUGCGUGAGCCGCAACGACUGCAAGGACGGAUACUACGCCAAUCACGAUACCAUGGAGUGCCUCCCGUGCAACAUCAACGACUGCGUCUCGUGCCAUCUUAUUGACAAGUCAAUUUUGUGCAGUCGAUGUCGUGGAGACAAUCUUGUGGGCCUCGACAAACGCUCGUGCACGACGGUGAUCCCCGAAAAUGCCGUUGAGUCCUGGGGUGGUUAUACAUGCAACGAUGACUCGGUUCUCUCGGGCAACGCAUGUCUGAGAAAGAGCUCCCAGAAGAACAAAGGAAAUGGGCUUUCUAACAACGUGAUUAUUGGAAUUUGUGUUGGAGCUGUUUUGAUUAUGGGUGCGCUGAUUGGUGUCCUGGCCUGGUGGGUGGUGUCCCGGAAGAAAAAGAGCGCCAGCUUUGAACGUAGUAGAAGCCUGGUUAUAUCUAAGUCCUAG